AUGUCUUCUUCUCGCGACUCAGUGACCACUGCCAACCUCAAUGCCAACGAUGACGGUCAAGCUGCUGGCGGUCGUCGCGGCCUCGCGAACAUCAAGCCUCCCCCUCACUCGGCCCUCCACCAAGCCCCUGGAAGCUUGCUCAAGGGCGCCACCGACGCCAGCGGCAACUUGAAAGAUGCGAGCUUGAUGGUCGGAAUCAAGCUCGACCUCGAGGCAGAGGUGCAUCUGACUGCUAGAGUCCGUGGUGAUAUUACUAUAGGGUUGUACUAG